UUGCUUUUUUGUUUUUGUUUUGUACAUAUUAUAAUAUUGACUGAAAAAUUUACUUCUUUCACUCUACAAGGCUACAAUCUAUUUCCUUCUUUUUCCUAAUCUCUGUUUCUACCUCUGCAACCAAAAGAAAAAACAACAUGGCUGCCGCCUUGGUUGGAGGAGCAUUUCUGUCCGCCACCCUUCAAGUGCUGUUUGACCGUUUGGCUUCUCGCGAGUUCGUCAACUUUUUCCGUGCUCAAAAGCUUGAUGAUAAACUCCUCAGGAAGCUCAAGUCAACAUUGCGGGGACUUAAUGUUCUGCUCGAUGAUGCAGAGGACAAGCAGAUCACUAACCUUGCUGUGAAAGACUGGAUGGAUGAACUUAAAGUUGCUGUGUAUCAUGCAGAUGAUUUACUCGAUGAGAUUGCUACCGAGGCUUUGCGAUGCAAGUCUGAAGCCAAGUACCAUAGCGGGUCAGACCAGGUACGAAGUCCCACCUUGAUUUCUUCUUCUAGUUCAUUUGAUGCAGAUAUAGUGUCCAAGAUAGAGGAGAUCAUUGAUAGAUUAGAAUGUUUUCCCAAAGAAAAAGAUGUCCUCGGUUUGAGAGAAGUUGCUGGGCAAAAAUUGUAUCACGGAUUGCCAACAACUUCUUUGGUUGAUGAAUCUGGUGUUUUUGGAAGGGAUAAUGACAAGGAGGAUGUAAUUAAGUUGCUGCUCUCAGAUGAGGCAAGUGGUGGUAAUCAGAAGAUAGAUGUGAUUGCGAUAGUGGGGAUGGGUGGGGUUGGCAAGACCACCCUUGCUCAAUUUUUAUACAAUGAUGGCAGAGUGGAUGAUCACUUUGAUAUGAAAGCAUGGGUUUGUGUCUCUGAUGAAUUCGAUGUUGUAAGGGUUACAAGAACAAUUCUUAAGGCAGUCAUUCCGCAGGGUUCUGACACAAUGGACCUAAGUAAAAAGGACCUUAAUGAGCUUCAAGUCAAGCUCAAGGAAUGCUUGAGUGGGAAGAAAUUUCUUAUGGUUCUGGACGAUGUUUGGAAUGAGAACUAUGUUAACUGGGAUAGCUUAAGGAGUCCUUUUGAGUAUGGAGGACAUGGGAGCAGGGUCAUUGUUACAACGCGCAAUGAGAGCGUUUCAUCUAUUAUGCAAACAGUUCCUAUUCAUCGUUUGCAGCAAUUAUCGGAUGAAGAUUGCUGGAAAUUGUUUGCCAAACAUGCAUUUGAGAAGCGAGAUUGUGGUGCACAUCCAAACCUCGAAAGGAUUGGUAAAGAGGUUGUGAAAAAGUGUAAAGGUCUGCCUCUAGCAGCAAAAACAUUAGCCGGUCUUUUGCGCUCUAAACGGGAUGUUGAAGAUUGGAAUAAUAUAUUGAAAAGUGGAAUAUGGGAUUUGCCAAAGCAGAAGAGCAAUAUUCUUCCAGCCUUAAAAUUGAGCUAUCAUUACCUCCCUUCGCAUUUAAAGAGAUGCUUUGCUUAUUGUUCUAUAUUUCCUAAAGAUCAUGAAUUUGAAAUGGAGAGAUUAGUCCUAAUGUGGAUGGCUGAAGGUUUUGUUGAGCAACCCAGAAGUAAAAAAACGAGGGAAGAGGUAGGUUAUGAGUGCUUCAAUGAAUUGCAAUCAAGGUCAUUUUUUCAACGAUCAAAUGCCAAUAAAUAUUGUUUUGUCAUGCAUGAUCUUGUUAAUGAUUUAGCUCAAGCCGUGUCUAGGGAUUUCUGUUAUAUGUUGGGCGACAACACACAUCAUAUAUCUGAAAGGGUACAUCAUUUCUCAUGUGUUAGAGGCAAAUUUGAUGGCUUUGAAAAAUACAAGCUAAUUAAUGAUGCCAAGUUUUUAAGGACUUUUCUAACACUAGGCUAUUCUUAUUCGUGGUUGAGCAAAAAGGUUUUGGAUGAUAUUUUACCAAAACUAACAUGCUUACGGUUGUUGUCUUUGUCACGUUAUAAGAUUAUGGAAUUGCCUCAUUCAAUUGGAAAUUUACUACAUCUACGGUAUUUGGAUCUUUCUUACACGAAAAUCAAACAAUUGCCUGAAUCAGUUUGUACCAUGUAUAAUUUAGAAACAUUACUGCUAUAUAAUUGUCGUCAGCUAAUUACCUUGCCUGUAAAUCUUCAAAAACUAAUUCAGUUGCGCCAUCUUGAUCUUACCGGAACUAAUUUACAGGAAAUGCCAAUGCAAAUGAGUCAAUUAAAAGACCUCCAACUUUUAACUGCCUUUGUGGUGGGCAAGUCCAAGGGGUUAGGUAUUGAAGAGUUGAAGGAGUUUCAUCAUCUUCAAAGGAGGCUCUCCAUUUCAAGUUUGCAAAAUGUAACUAAUGGCAUGGGUGCAAUGGAGGCAAAAUUGGAGGAGAAAAUGUACCUUGAAGAACUGGUACUCGAAUGGAGUAGCAGUACCAAUGAUUCACAGAAUGAGAGAGAUGUUCUCGACAAGCUAAAACCUCAUACAAACUUGAAACGCCUUGAGAUUAAAAACUUUGGUGGCACAAGAUUUCCAGAUUGGUUGGGAGAUAAAUCAUUUUGUAAUAUAGUGCAUAUGUCUCUUGACAAUUGUGAGUAUUGUUUUUCCUUGCCACCAUUUGGUCAGUUGCCCUCUUUGAAAGACCUUGAAAUUUCAAGGAUGCAAGGAAUAACAAAGGUAGGCCAUGAAUUCUAUGGAGAUAGUUCUUUAAGAAAACCAUUUCAAUCUCUAGAGACUCUUAUAUUUGAAGAAAUGUUGGAGUGGGUGGACUGGUAUAUAUUAGAAUCUGGAGAGUUCUCUAAGCUUAAAGAGCUUCAUGUAAUCAAAUGUCCAAAGCUGAUUGGAGGCUUACCCAAACACAUUCCAUCUUGUGUGAGACUUGAGAUUCAGAAAUGCUCAAGACUUAUGGCCCAACUUUCGAACAGUUGUGGUGCAGGCACAAGUGAAUUAGUAUUGAAUAGAUGUGAUGGGGUAGAAUUGGGGUGUCGAGGUUUGUCUUCCCUUACAAAAUUGAAGAUAUCAGGUAUGCCUAAUUUAAAGGAAUUGACACCCGAGCUGUGCACUUUAACAAAUCUGAAGGAGUUCAGGAUAGAUAGUUGUCCAAGCCUAUUGUCAUUCCCAGAUACAGGGUUGCCACCCAUGCUUACACACCUUUCAAUCUGCCAUUGUAAAGUUCUACAUUCUUUGCUGCCCAGAUCCGAGGAUAUGGAGAACUGCUACAAAUCCCUUGAAACUUUGUCCUUAUCACGCUGUGAUGCUCUCAAACCGAUGUGGCUUGGAUUCUUUCCAAAGCUUCGAUCCCUAGGAAUCCGGUUUUGUACGAAUUUCAACAGUAUUACAGAUCUAAACAUGCUUGGGCUCCAAAAUUUGGCAUCUCUCGAGUCACUUUUCUUAAGUGGGUUCUCUAAUCUGAUAUCUUUUCCCCAAGGAGGACUACCCGGACUCAAGCUGACUAACUUUAGGAUCCGGCAAUGUAAGAAGCUCGAGUCGCUACCUGAAGGAAUGCAUGCCCUCUUCCCAUCUCUUCAAUCACUAGAAUUAGUUGGUUGUCGAGAAAUUAAGUCUUUUCCAGAAGGUGGGCUUCCCUCCAGCUUACGUUCACUUGAAAUCCAAAAUUGCAGCAAACUUACUGUUCGCCGAAGAGAAUGGGAUUUGCAAAGGCUCCCUUCUCUUAGACACUUCAGAUUAGUAGGUGGAGAUGGGGUGGAGUCCUUUCCGGAGGAGGGGUUGUUGCCCGCGACUCUUAUGUCACUCCGCAUUGAUUAUCUACCAAAUCUGAAAUCGUUGAACAACAGGGGCCUUCAACUCCUUGGCUCUCUCAAAUACAUAAAGAUUCUGGGAUGCCCUCAGCUCCAAUCCUUGGUCGAAGAGGGGCUUCCCACCUCUCUCUUUAUGCUGGAAUUCUUUGGCUGUCCAAUGCUAAAACCUCGCUACCUCAAGGGGGAAGGACAGGACUGGCAUAAGAUUGCCUGUGUCCCUGUUAUACACAUGGAUGGUGAAGUGAUCUUUGACCAACUCACUCUUCGUCCAGCAAUGGAUUCUCAACCUGGUACACUGAUGUGCCGAUCGGAGAUCAUUCGGGAAUGUGUAAGAUGUUGAUGAUCUUUUACCAUGAUGUUGAAGUAAAUGUGUAACCCUCUCAGCUUCAACUUUCAACUUUUACUGGUAACUUUUUACAUUAGUUUGCUGGUCUUAUAGAGUUCUUUUACUGCUAAAAUUGGGAGUGAAGCACUCAGAAGUGUUUUUGACAUUCCAUGAUUUUGAAUUAAAACAGUUCUGAUGAUGCAAUUUGGAGGAAUCGAAGUUGGAUAAAAAAGAUUGAGGGAAAGCUCUAUCAUAUAGAGUUCUGCUUUUUAACUUAGAAUAAGACCAAUCCAAUUUUUGAGUCUUGGAGUAAAACAUAUUAUGUGGAGAUUCUUCUUCUUCUUCUUCUUCUUCUUCUUCUUCUUUUCGCUCCAGCUAUUGGAUUGUUGAACAUAUUUGAAUGUCAAUGUUCUACAUUAGAAACAUGUUUUUAUGUGACUCAGUUAUGUUCUUGUCAUAAUCUGCUAAAAAUUUGUGUUAUGUAAUGCCCCUUUUUCAGGAAAAUGUGUACUUGUUGGUUCCUUUUCUAAGAAAGAAUGUACUUCUUUUUCAUUUAAUAUUUUGCCUUUCCAUAUGGAUGACCAUAUUACAAAUACAGGAAUUUGUGUUAUUAUUCUUUCUAGUUUUACUGGCACUUUGUGCAUUAGUUUGCUAGUCUUAUAGAGUCAACACAUUCAUCAAUUUUUUAUCGCUUGCACUCAAGAUGCUUUAACAUUACAUGCUUGUGAAUUAAAACAGUUUUGAAUAUGUGACAGAAAAGAAAUAAAGUUAGAUAGCAUAAAUCAGAGGUAAUGCUUUCUUUUUUGGAUUGCCACUUCUCAAGUUCUGUGACAAUUUCCAUAGAGUUCGGCUUAUAGCUUAGAAGAAGGUCAAUCCAAUCUCUGUGACCUGGAGUCAAUUCACUUUUUAAUCUGUUAAAAUCUUGUUACCUCAGUAUUGAAUUAGUUAUUUAACAAAAUACAUAAGGGCCAGGACUUAAUUAAUGCAUUAAUUGUGAAAGGGCAAUAUCAUCCCUCAAUGUCAAAAGUAUUUUUUUGAGAAAAUUACUAAUUAGGGGUAAUUUGAGAAAGUAAUUACAUAUUUAUUAUA